AUGGCGUCUGUUCUGCCCGUCCGGACGAACACAAAUUCCACUAGCUCGACGGCCUCCAAGACGCGCAAGACCUCGGGCUCGCUCAACUCCAUUCCCUCGUCCAGCGUUCGUUCGGCAUCACAUAGUGAAGGCGGAAAUCACUUGAUCGUCGGCCAUAGACAUACACACUCCAACACCUCGUACCACUCCAGUGGCAGCCAAUCCCAGCUCUCGGCGACCCAGUCCGCCCAGCGAAACGUUCGAUCGCCGCAAAAGCCAUACCAGCGUAGAGCCAAACCAAUCAAGUCGCAAUAUCAGCCAAGCAGCACCGAAAAACAUGUCGAGUAUAUUCUCGUGGCCUCAUUUGACAUCGAUCGAGGCAGUAUCAUGGAGCAUCAAUAUCCUGGGCCCGUGGGUGGAGACGAGCACAUGCUGGCUGAGUUGAUGUUACCGGAUCAAGCCCAUAUGCGGAGCCAGGACUGGACCAUAUUCUUUCUACACAAGGAUUCUGGUGCCGAAGAGGAAGAGCAGGAACCGCAUCGUAGAUGGAGGACGCGAAGAGAAAGGCAUCAGUCGGGCGACGAAGAACAAGACCUGAGCGGCGAAGAAGCUGAAAAUGACGAUUCGGACGACGAGGGGGAUCUGGAGAGUGACGAGGACUCCGAGAACGUGAGCUUGGAUGGCCCGCCUUUAAUAUAUGUCCUCAACCUCGUCAACACUAAACACGACAACACCAUCAAGCGAGGCGCCAUGGUCAAAGCCAUGGCAAUCUGCACGCGCCAUUCUUUCCUGCACAUAUACAAGCCACUACUUCUCUUGGCACUGGAGCAGUACUUCGCUAACCCAAUGGUUGAGACUCUGGCUAGUCUCUACGAUGCUGUUAACAGCAUGGAUCUAUCACUUCUCCCGAGGCUGAGCCCAUUCGAGAAGUCUAUCCUGCAAUCGAGUGACGCCAAGGACCUGUUUCUGGAAAAAUUCGAGACCAUGAUAGCUCAGCGUAUGGCGGAAAGCAGAGAACAGGAUGCUGCAUCAGCGAUAGAGCAUCAGCACAGCGCUGCCCAAAAUCAGUCCAAGUCUAGGUACGGACUACCGCGAGAUACCCACGAGUUCGAGAGCGUGAUAAACUACGCCAACGUGCCUGUACCAGUCAAAAUCCCGACGGCAGUCAGUCCGGAAACAGUUGGGGAUUUCAGCCUUAUCAAGCUGAUCACCACCUUCAGCACUCCUCACGCGGCUUCCAUCGUUCCCUUUAAUCCAACGCAUCCUCACCUGACCACGUCUGGGCCCACGACUCACCCAAUUAUUGUGCUGCUCAAUGCAUUGCUCACUCAGAAGAGAGUGAUCUUCCUAGGCCACAACCUACCAAGCUCCGAAGUUGCAGAAGCCGUGUUGGCUGCUUGCGCUCUCGCUUCUGGCGCCAUUCUGCGCGGCUUUACUCGGCACGCGUUUCCCUACACCGACCUCACCAAGAUUGAUGACCUUCUCAAAGUCCCCGGAUUCAUCGCCGGUGUUACUAACCCAGCCUUUGCCCACAAGACUGAAUGGUGGGACAUUAUGUGCGACAUCAGCACAGGGAGAAUCCGCAUCUCCAAUCACAUCGAGCAGGCGCAACUUACCGAAGGAGUUGUUUUCUUUCAUCAGAACACGCAUCAAACAAACACUGCAGCGGCAGGUGGCCAAGGAGGUAUCAGCGCCUUGGGAGCCAGUCUGUCCGCGGGUUUGGGUGGUAACAACGCUCACAGUGGAGCUUCGGCGGGCGAUGCAACCGGUGACGGUGCUUUCAUGCAGAGUGUGCUGGCCGCGAUCAAUGAACGACAUGGAGAGAAUGCCAUUCGCGCAAAGUUCAGGAAAUGGGUUGUCAAGUUCACGCGACUAGCUGCCAGUUUUGAGGAGACCGUCUAUGGCGCCAGCGCGUUGGACAUUCACAAUCCGGACAGUCCCAAGACAAAUUUUCCGCCUUCAGAAGAUUCACCCAUAGAGGCUUCAAAGGAACUGCCCCCUGAGGUAACGGGCCACGGGUACGUAUGGCCCUCUGCUCAAGCAAAGAACAACGAGCUCGCCUCCAAUGCGACAAGAAUUGAAGGCUGGCGGAACACCCGAAGCUAUUACAAUUUCAUCCAAGAUCUGGCUACUUACUACGUCCAUCGUCCAGUCAAGCAGCUAGAUCUACAACACUUACAUGAUAGAUUGGCAAAGCUGCGGCUAGGUCAUGAGCAAAGUGCAAACAUAUAUUUCGCACUCUGUAACUCGAUCCAUUCGGAACAAGAGAUCAGUCAGCUACUCUCUGUCAUUGCGAAUGGCGUUUGGGAGUACAAGGCUGCAUCGAACAGUGGUCAGCCUGGAUUAAUGUACAUCGGCAUGGGACUCUUGCAUCCACGCAUGGAAGUAAGGGAAGAGGUCGCGGAGUUUCUUGGCCGAAUACGAGAACAUGAGGCCGGGCGACACUUCUGGUCCCAACUCGCCAGGUUCAUACGUAUCGCCUGGGAGCGUACUAUGAACCUAAGAGUCGAGAGAUUGGAGAAGCUGGAACGCUUGGAUGAGAAGUGA